GGGCGGGGUGCUACCGAACAAGAUGGUGGCGGCGGCGGAGGAGCUGCGGGACGGCCUCCGCUCGGCCACGCGCGUCCUCCACGAGCAGCACCGGGGCUGGCUGGAGGCGUUGGCCGCCUGCCUGCCGCUGCUGCGGGCCCUGGGCAACCUGGCCCGGCAGGCGGAGGCGACGCAGAGGGCACCCCUGGCGGAGACGCCGCUGCGGGCCUUCGCGCGCCUGCCGGAGCGGCUGCGGCUGAAGCAGCGGGCGGCCAUGGAGGCGUUGCUGGCGGAGCUGCGUCGGGAGAAGCUGCCGGCGCUGCGCGAGGCUCGGGAUGCGGUGGGCGCGCGCGUGGCGCCGCUGCUGGCGCUCGGGGGGCCCCACCCGAACCCCGCUUGGGCCGACCUGCUGGCCGGGCUGCUGGACGCCGAGGCGCUCUUCCACGCCGUCUACCUGGAGGCGCGGCUGCUGCUGCUCUCGCUCAGCUACCGGGACCUGGCGGCGGUGCAGGCGGCCCCCCUCGCCUGGGAGCGGAUCCUGCAGCGCGGGCAGCGAGGAGGCCGCGUGGCAGGUAACCGCCGGGAGGAGGCCUUCUCGCUUGGGGCCUCUGCGCGCCCUCGGACCAGCCUUUCCUGGGUGCCUUUGGGGACCCCGGCGAGGGUUGCCCGCUGUCCCCACCCGGGCUGGCUGCUCCUGAAGGGCCCUCGGGCGUGGGCCCGGCACCGCCCUGGCCUUGGCUGGAAAAGUCCGGGCUGCCCGGCAGAGGGGCUUAGUGACCCACGGAGGUCCUGGCUCACCUCGGACACAGCCUGGGACCUGCCCAGCGUGGCUCUGGGGAGAAGGAAGGAAUCUGCUCCUGAAGGGAGCUCCUGAAGGCAACGCAGGAUGGGAAACGAAGGAACUGUGCAGAUGCUUCACCAAAACCGUUUUUCUUCUCUUGUCCAGAGACAUUGCAAAAAGCCGCCUUCUUCCUGGAGGACACAUGAGAGCGUAAAGCUGGGCUUCUCCAGGAAGAGCCCAGCCAGCCUUGCUGUCUGAAGGCCCCUGGACGGGAGUCUGCCCUAGGGGGUGAGCCCCACUUGCAGGAUUGUGCGGGACUGUUGCAGUUCAGACUAACUUCCAACCUGGAGCAGAGUUCUUAAUGGCACCUCAGUGUAAAUAAAAGUGAUUUCCUCCUCUUACGGUUGUCCACUUUCUCCUUUGCAGCAGCUGAUCAGAAUGCUGAAGAAGGAGCUUUACAUACUACAAUUUCCCACUUUUCAAGACGUUCGUCAGAACCCAAAAAUGGGAGCUGACACCUUGAGUUAAAUUACCUGCACCCUUCACUUUGAAGAGCUCAGCUUACAUGGCCUGGGCUCCUCCUUGUAGCGACCGCUGGAGCAGGUACAGGAGGAAUCUUUGUACUCCUUGUACUUGAGCUACGAUCCAGGCCAUCCCCAGCCGGGCAACCACUUUGUGGGAGGUAAUCUGCUGGUUGCAUUAACAAAAAAGAAAGAGUUUAGUCCUUCUGGAUCCCAAGACUCCAGAUGGGAUUGCCAGUAGCAUAGAUGUUCCCUCUCAGUUUUUCAUGUUCCAGCCAGUUCCUGGGGGCUCCAGCAUCCAUCACAGUGGAGUCUUAAUAUGCACACGUUCCUUCGGCAUCUGGGAGAACUCAAUGUUGAAAGAGUAGCUGCCCUACCUACUAAGCACCUGAUGUCCCUAGAAGACAGUGAAGUUCUACGACAAUACGCUGACAUUUCUGGAAGAGGAGGAUGCUAAGGCUGGUCCCCCACUUCCGAGGUCACUCAUCAGAAGCAAUGAAGAAGCACUAGAUGUUCCUCUAUACCAGUGGUUCUCAACCUUUUUAAUGCCGUGACCCCCAACUGGCUGUAAGUUGAGGACUACUCAACCGGUCGUAAGUCGAGGACUACUCAACUGGUGCAGCACCGUUUGCAGAAUGGGACUUUUGGCGGGCUCAGCAGGGCAGAGACAGCCUGGACAAUUCCUAUUGGCUUUAUACUGUCCUAUGUUUUUUUGUAUGCAUGUUACAAAGCCAAAUACCUUGGUGUGAGUAAGAAUACUAAUAAAUAUAAGGCAAAAACUU